AUGGACGGUUCGGGACACCGCUGGUCGUUGUUGGGGGUACAGAGAACUCCAGCCCAUCAGCCUGUCCAUGAGCCCCAGCUCGCGGUCGACCUACUGUACCCGAUGGUCGCAAUUCUCAACCUUCUGGGCUACAACAUCCAGAAAUUACGUUCUACAAGGUGGAUGAUUCUGGCAAGGUGCAGUGGCUCAGGGAUGGUGUCAUUUGGUGGCGUGGUACGUGUGGCGGUGUUGGAGGUGUGUUGUGGCUGUGGGGAUUUUAGUUUUCUGUUGUCCCUCGAAGUUGGAACCAAUGGCAAGGUCACUGUUGUGGAUUUCUCAAAGGAGCUAUUAGAGGUUGUGGCAUAUCGCCAGCGUGGGUGGUCACUAAACUGUGCUACAAAAACAUUAAGUGGACUCGUUGAGAUGCAGUUACUUUACCAUUCCCUUACUCCAAUUAAUUCAAUCAAGGAGUACCUCACAGGGAAAGAGUUGGAGAAGUUAGCUUUGGAAGCAGAUAACCCAUACCAAAUUCACCUGCCGAUCAACAAAAAGGGCUACGACUCCAUCCAGAUUUCCCUGGUCAAGAACCAUGCUCUGGCAUGGCGCACGCCGCCUGAUUUUACAUCGCACUAG